AUGUUCGAUGAAUUCGUUCUUCUGUCGAUUCCGGCCGUUCUUCUCGCUUGCGCCACUCUUCCACCUGGUCAAGAGAGGAUAAUCACAAUCCGGGGAGAAGGACUCACAACAAUCCCUCUCGAGUGUGCUUAUUCAAAUGAUGCUACAGUCCAGCAGAAUAACCCGUCAAUAUCGAAAACAUCGAAUGAUGCUGUUAAAAAUCUCCGGAAAUAUGUGAAAAAGGCGGUGACGGCAGUAGUUAAAGAAGAGGCGAAGAAAGCGGGCCUUGAGAGCCUCGUAUCCGACAUAGGAAAACAAAUCAAACCGACACCGUACUACACUCCCAUAGAUUGUUCGAGAGCUGGAACCCCGGCUCGGCCACAAGCUCCUGCCAAUACCGGUGGCUUCUCGUGUGUAGUAGAAGACGAAAUCAUUACGAAAGUAGCAUACAGCCAGCAGAACACCGCCACCAUUCCGGUUUACUUCCAGCAAUUCACGAUCGUCCUUUCCAUUUCCAACUCUGUCAUCGGUGGAUGGAGCCGAGAGAUGUGGGAUACUGUUUUGCUUAAAGCGCAGAGUAAACUGGCAAGUGGAACGUUUGGGAGAAGUUUCAGAACGGUCACGCUUAUGCAGCUAUGA